AUGCUUUUGCUUUGGCCUUCCGAUGGUGAAGAGACUGAGCUGAUAUCUGGUGAUCAAAAUAGGAAUAUUUGUGUAUGGGACUUGACUGCAAACUCUUGUAGCUGUGAGCUGGUGCUAGAGGUUGAUAAAGCAGUGAGAUCAUUGACAGUGAUUUGGGAUAGAAGCUUGGUAGUUGCUGCAAACAACAAAGGAUAUUGUUUCUUUUUGACUUAA